AGAAGACAUCAGCAGAUAAAAUCUGCAUAACAAUAGUAAGCCUGACUGAUCCGCAAAAGACUAGCUUUUUUCCGUAUUUAAUAAAAAAAAGCAUCCCAACAGACGAUUACAUAUUGUACACGACUUUGGACUAAAGCAAAAUUCAUUGUUUUUAGAUUAGUUUCAUAUUGGAACAUUACAACAAUGGUUCUCUCGCUGAUUUUGUUAGGUCUUGUGGGUUUAUUUAUAUUUUACUAUUAUGGAAUACGGCCCAUGAGUUAUUGGAAAGAAAGGGGAGUGAAACAAUCAAAUCCGGUUUGGUGGUUUGGAGAUAAUCAAAAAAGAAUGUUCAGAAAAGAGAAUAUUGUUGAUUUCUUCCAUAGAAUUUAUAAUAUGGAUCCGAAUUCUAGGUACUUUGGAUUUUAUAAUUUCAAUUUACCAACUUUGAUGAUAAAGGAUCCAAAACUGAUAAAGCAAGUAACUGUUAAAGAAUUUGAUCACUUUACUGAUCACAGACGAAUCGUACCACCAGAUAGUGAUCCUUUUUGGGGUAGAAAUUUAAUAGCAUUAGAAGGUCAACAAUGGAAAGAUAUUAGACCAGUUCUCAGUCCUACCUUUACAAGCAACAAAAUGAAAACAAUGUUUACGUUAAUGGACGAAUGUGCGGAAAGCUUAAUGAACUAUUUUUCAAAAUAUAAUCAAGACAUUAUCAAAGUAGAUAUGAAAAAUAUUUCAACUCGUUUUGGUAACGAUGUCAUAGCAACAACUGCUUUUGGUGUAAAAGUUGAUUCUUUAGAUGAGCCAAAUAACGAAUUUUACAAAAUGGGUACACAAAUUACAGAUUUUUUUUCACUAAAGAAAACACUUGACUUUGCUCGUGCCUUCAUUUUUCCAGAAUCAACUAAGUACUUCAAAGUAAAUGUCUUUGAAAACCCAUCACGUCAGUUUUUCACUGACCUUAUUGUAAAUAAUCUGAAACUUCGGGAAGAACAGGGAAUUGUUCGUCCAGAUAUGAUACAUCUUUUGAUGGAGGCUAAAAAUGGACAUAAUCAAAAAGUAGACAACGGAAUCACAAAUACUGACAUUAUUGCACAUGCACUAAUAUUCUUUUUUGCUGGUUUUGAAUCAGUAUCUUCGCUGAUAACUUUUACUGCAUAUGAAUUAGCUAUCAAUCCAGAAAUUCAGAAGACAUUAAGAGAGGAAAUAGUAGAAGCUUUCCAAGAAUGUAAAGGAAAAUGGGACUAUGAAACGCUGUUUAAGAUGAAAUACUUAGAUAUGGUUAUCUCAGAAUGUUUGAGAAAAUGGCCCAACUUUCCAAAUACUAGUCGUGUUUGUACUAAAGACUUUAUUAUUGAACCAGAAUUACCAGGCGAAAAACCUGUAUUAAUUGAAAAGGGAACUCUUAUAGAAAUGCCAAUAAUUAGUAUGCAAUAUGAUCCUAAAUAUUUCCCAAAUCCUGAACGUUUCGACCCAGAGAGAUUCAGCGAUGAAAAUAAGAACAAAAUUGAUCCAUAUACUUACUAUCCAUUUGGAUUGGGCCCAAGGAUUUGUAUAGGUUCAAGGUUUGCCUUAAUGGAAGCUAAGAUCUUUUUUGCUCAUUUGUUAUUAAGUUUUGAAAUAGUACCUGUUAAGGAAACAUUGAUCCCCAUGACAUUAUCAAAAAGGCAUUUUAAUGUUUAUCCUGCCGAUGGAGUUAACCUAGGAUUGAAAAGGUUAAGAAUAUAGUGGACUAUACAAUUUUAUUUUUAUGUUAACGUUUUUGUUAAUCAAUAAU